AUGGCGGCCGCCGUCCAUGUCCAUGUCCACCUCCACCACCAUUACCACAUCCCCCUCCUCUGUCCGCCGCCUCGCCGGACCGGCCUCUUCUUGUCGCCGUGGCGCGCUCUCUCUCUCCCGCUCCCGCUUCCGCCCGCCCGCCUCCGAUCCUCCUUCCCCGCCCCCACCUCCCACCCGGCCGUCGCCGGCACAGAUGAGUGGGAGGCCAAGGCGGAGUUCGUGGUGGUCACGUUCUACAAGCUGGUGCCCGUGGAGGACCCCCGCGCCGAGGUCGCCGCGCACCUCCACUUCCUCCAGGGACGCGACAUAGACAUACAGGGUCGCAUCUACAUGAACCAGCAGGGGAUCAACGCUCAGUACAGUGGUCCGCGCAAAGAUGCAAUGGCGUACGCUGAUUGGGUCAGGAAAGAUCGGCGUUUCUCUGAUAUACUCAUCCAAAUUUCGCCAGCGUUAAGCGGGCAUGCUUUUCCUCGGCUCAAACUGCGCUACAAACAAUCUCUUGUUCAGUUGGAAGGAGGGAGUUGUCAUCUUCCUUUGGUGGAACCUAGCAUGCGUGCUUCACCACUGACCCCAUCCGAGUGGAGGGAGAAGCUUGAAGCUAGGAAACGCCUUGAAACCGGAGCACCUGGAGAUACCUCUGAAGGACGAAAGCUUUUGCUCCUUGACGUUAGGAAUGACUAUGAAUGGGACAUUGGACAUUUUGAAGGAGCCAAGAGGCCUAACGUGGACUGCUUCAGAAGCACUUCAUUUGGGCUGUCAAACUCAGAGCAGGAGAUGGAUUCGACGGACCCUCUGCAUGGAGUAGACAAAGAGAACACAGACAUAUUAAUGUACUGCACGGGUGGCAUAAGAUGCGACGUCUACUCAACGAUCUUGAGGGAGAAGGGUUUCGGGAACCUGUACACUCUGAAGGGGGGCGUGUCCAACUACCUCAAGAGCCAAGGGAGCGCUGAGUGGGUGGGUAACCUGUUUGUGUUCGACGACCGGCUCUCCCUGCCACCGGCCAAGUUUGCAGAGGCAGAAGUCGCAGCAGAAGAAGGGGGUGCCGACAACGGGGAUCUGUCAUCGUCUCGGUGGCUGGGGCGGUGCUACGUGUGCGGGUCGGAGGUGGAGGAGCUGAGGCACCGCAACUGCGCCAGCAUCGACUGCAACCGCCUCUACCUGUGCUGCGGUGGGUGCUUGGAGGAGCUAAGGGGCUGCUGCUGCUCGGAGUGCAGGCGCGCGCCACGGUUGCGGCCGCUGCUGCCGGGGCACCAGAGAUACGACAAGUGGCAUCUGUACCGCGAUGACGCCUCGACCAUCUCUAGCUGA